AUGUCGUAUAACCCUUAUGGAGCGUCGCCCUAUGGGCCUCCUCCAGGAUUUGGUUCUUCUUUCUCGGGCCAGAGCGGCAGUCCCCCCGGCAUGGGCCCUCCUCCGGGAAUGGGUCCUCCGCCAGGCAUGUCAGCGCCAGGUACGGCUCCUCCUCCAGGUAUACAGCAAGCCAACAGUGCUCAGGGUAGUCGACCGAGCGGACUCCCAGCCAGCUUCCAGGGCCCUCCAAAUAUGCCCAAUAUCAACUUCUCCGCGCCCGUUAUUCGAUUAGGCACCGGCCCUACGAAACCCUCCACGCCAUUAUCUGCAGGUGGGCCAGGAAGGAGAGAAAGUCAGGAUCCUGCAUCUGCAGGUGGAAGGGCUGGUCUGGGCGCUGAGAGGGGAAUGGAUGCUCAACGGCAAGCUUUGAAGGACGCUAUGAUGUCUCUGGUUCCACCUACAAAAGAAGAGAUUGUACGAACCAUAUUUAUCGGUGGCAUUACUGAAGGCACCGGCGGAGACGAUGGAAUUGAGCGAAUUUUGAGCACGGCAGGCAGAUUACGGAGGUGGGACAGGGCUGUUGAUGCUAAUGGAAAGCAAUGUUCGUUUGGGUUUGCACAAUACGACGAUGCGGAGAGCCUAGGUACGGCAGUAGAAGUUCUUAAGGAUAUUGAAAUACCAACCAAGAGACAGCCGCCGAGCGAUGGAGCCAAGAAAGAUGGAAGCGACGAAGAAGAUAUUGAGAGAAGCAAGCUGCUUGUUUUCGUCGACGACAAUUCACUAAACUAUCUUGAAAGUUACCAGUCGAACCGUGGAGAUGAUGCCGCUGGAGAACAGUCGAGAUUAGACAUUGCUCGGGCUAACCUUAAGGGUGUUCUAUACGAGUUGUUCCACCCUCCCAUGUUUGUCAAGAUGGAGGAAGGAGGCGAAGACACCGAAAUGCAAGAUGCAGAAAGAGGAGAUAAUGUGGAGGUUGUCAAUAUACCAUUAGCCAUCGACGAUGAACUAGCAGAUAUUCCAGCAGAGAUGCGAGAAACAGUUGCACAGGAAAUUGCAGCAUUUAGAGAUCGCAGCACGAGGAGAGAUCUCGAACGUCUCAAGCGGGAAGAGGAAAUGGAAGCCCUUGAACGACAACGAAAUGGAGCUCCUCGGCCGUCACGGCUCGCAUCACCCCCACCCGGGGUGCCUAACGGACCGGCUGCUGGAACCAACAAUAUCCCACUUGGUCCACGCGGUGUACCAAAUGCACCUUCUGGCCCCAAAGGUCAGGGCUCGCAAAUGCCGCGGGACUAUCAAAAAGGGGUCUCAUUUAUCAAUGGUAGCGGUAUUAAUGGCAACGCAAGUGGAGAUGUAUGGAUUAACCGUGAAGAGGAAGACGAUCCUGCUAGUGAUGAGGAGCUUGAGCGUAGACGCGCAGAGAAAAAGGAAGCUGAAUUGGAAAAACAGUACCUUGAUCAGGAACGCCGCUGGCUGAACCGAGAACGUUCACGAACGGCUGCUUUGGAGCGCGAGAAAGAGCGCGAAGGCGAAGAUGCCGGCAAGGUCAGUAUUGAAAAGGAGAAGAUGGCUAAACGCCUAGCUGCUUGGGACGAUGAUCUGGAAGCAUCACGCAAGGUCGAACCUUACUACUCGGAUCGUAGCAUGUGGAUCCGAAAUCGGGAGACGAUCAGGUCUCGUGAGGCUGGAAUAGAUGAUAGAGAUCGCAUUGCGGAACAGAGAGAGCGACAGCGCGAGAUGGCUGAUAAAGAACAGGCGCGUGGAAUGGCCGAUUCAUUCUUGGAUCGACAAGCCGAAGAGCUCGAAUCCCGGUCAAACCGCGCUCAGCAGCCCUUCAAAUUGUCACUUGGUGCCGCAGCCCAGAAGGCCCAGAAAGCUGCACCCCCUCGUCGGACCGUCGCAGAAGUCGAAGGACUGCUCGAGGACGAAGAGGACCUCAACAAGACUUCAAAACGCACGCUCAUUCCUAUCAAAUUCGACCCUUCAGCCGCACCUGCUGGUCUGUCAGACGAAGAGCGUGAUCAGGCUCAAAGGCAACUUGCGCAAGAGAUCCCCAACGACAAGGAUGGGCUCUGGGCUUGGGAUGUCAAGUGGGAGUUUGUGGAUGAUUCUAUCAUCGACAAGCUCCGGCCCUUUGUCGAGAAGAAGAUCAUGGAGUACCUCGGCGUGCAAGAGCAGCUGCUAGUCGAAGUCGUCGAGGAACACGUCAGGACAAAAAGCAAGCCGCAAGAUCUGGUGGAACAGUUGGAAGGUGCGUUGGAUGAAGAAGCUGAAGAAUUAGUCAGGAAGCUCUGGCGAAUGCUUAUCUUCUUUUCCGAGAGUGAAAAGAGAAAUCUGGCUGCUUAG